ACAAUAAUGACAGCUGAAAUAACGAACCACACACUGCCAACAGCGAGUGGUGGCGAACAGGUGGAGGCUAACAAUAAGAAGGUGGAGGAUGAUUGCACGCUCGAUGGCAUCCUUGUGCGUAUCGGACAAUUCGGGCGCUUUCAACUCUUCAACUAUGUGCUGUUGUGCAUACCUAUGAUCUUCAAUGCGUUCUUUUCCAUUUCUUAUGUGUUUACUGCGAGUACGGUGGUGCACAGGUGGUCUUGUCAUAAUAAUUAUCANGCUUACAAUGAGCCGUGGCUCAAUUAUACCAUACCCAUGAAGGGAUCCAGCUAUGAACAGUGCGCUCGCUUUGUUGCUACCAACAAUGCUGAUGCCGAUCCGUCGAGUGAAUUUUGCACACCUGCAAACUUUAGCCAAAAUGUUACUGAGAAAUGUGGAAAUGAUUUUAAAUUCCGUGAUGAAGAGUAUACAAUAUCCAAUGAGUUCUCCAUAUUCUGCUCAGAUAUAUGGAUGUUGACAAUGGUUGGUACGGUAAAUAAUAUUGGACAAUUUGUCGGUAUACCAGUGGGUGGCUUCUUUGCAGAUCGGUGAGUGUGAUAUUUCUCUAGCAACCAAUUUUUAGGCACUAUUAGGGCCGUUUUCUCAAGUAGCUUUUAAGAUUUAUCUGCCAU